AGCAGUUGACAUUGUCUAAGAUCCUAUUAGAUCAACAAGGGAAAUUCUGCUUUUCAUUUUGGUUUUGGUUUAAGGAAUCAAUAAUGGGUUUGGAAGAUGGUAAGAAGGAAGGAGGAGAGACAUCAGAGAAAGAAAUUGGGCUAAGCAGAAAGAACAGUGAAAGCUCUUUGUCUCCAACAGAAGAUGAUGAAGAAGACGAUCACGAAGACAAGAAGCCCGUCCUCGGUCCCAUGAUUGCUCUUAAAGAACAGCUCGAGAAAGACAAGGACGAUGAAAGCUUGAGGAGAUGGAAGGAACAGCUUAUUGGCGUCGUUGAUUUGGAAGAUGUCGGAGAGACACUGGAUCCGGUAGUAAAGAUACUAGACUUGACAAUUAGGUCUCCAGACAGAGAAGAGAUGAUAUUGAAGAUACCUGAUGAUGGAUUACCGAGUCCAAAAGGCCCUUGGUUUACCAUAAAAGAAGGUUCUAAGUACACACUUGUCUUCAACUUCCGUGUCACCAACAAUAUCGUUUCGGGUCUCCGCUAUAACAAUACCGUUUGGAAAACCGGUGUCAAGGUGGAUAGUACGAAAGCAAUGCUUGGUACGUUUAGUCCUCAAGCUGAGCCUUACCAACAUGUGAUGCCUGAAGAAACGACGCCGUCUGGAUUUAUAGCUAGAGGUUCCUAUUCCGCAAGAACUAAGUUCGUUGAUGACGAUAAUAAGUGCUACUUGGAGAUCAACUACACCUUCGACAUCCGCAAGAAUUGGCAAUGAUCCACCGAGUCAAACAUCUCUCAAGUCUAAACCUAUAUAGACCAAAAACCCUUUGAUAUAUGUACUUUUUUGUU